AGGCCCAGGCGCACCGCUUGUUGGCUUGCGUCGUUUUUGCGCCCGCCCGUGGGCCAGGAGGGGGCGGGCCGCCAUGGCGGUCAGGGCACCGCCGUGUUGCCAUCGCCGUCGCCUCGCUCGUGAUCCGCGGCCUCAUAUAUCAGAACAAAGGAGGGCCCUCCGAUGCGGCGCUGUGCUGCUCUGGAGCCUGUCCCUCAUGCCCCAGGAGGGGUGGGCGACGUCGGACCAGGAGCAGGUCAGCAGCGAGGUCAACGAGGACGUGCAGGACUGCGACGAGGAGCUCAACAAGUCGGACCCGUUCCACUCGUGCCUGUGCAAGAGGUGGGAGAAGACCUUUAAGA